AUGCUCGCAUCGCUCAGGAAAGCCGGCUCUUUGGCCCGCGUCGCGUCUGCGGGUCAGAGGCGCUUCCUCUCCAUCCACGAAUACCAAUCAGUCAACUUGCUCAACUCGUACGGUAUACCCACCCCCAAGAGCAUUGCUGCGAAGACACCAGAGGAGGCGUUCGAGGUCGCGAAGCAGUUCAGCUCAACAGGAUGCGUUAUCAAGGCGCAGGUUCUCGCGGGUGGUCGUGGCAAGGGCCACUUCGACAAUGGUCUUCAGGGUGGUGUGCACAUCGUGCAGUUGCCUGAGCAAGCUAAGGACUUCGCGAGCAAGAUGCUCGGCGCGAAGCUCAUCACCAAGCAGACCGGUGCUGCCGGUCGCGUCUGCAACGCUGUCAUGCUCGCCGAGCGUCGUGAUCCCUCGCACGAGUACUACGUCGCGGUCCUAAACGAUCGUGGUGCGGGUGGUCCCGUACUCGUCGCGUCUGCUCAGGGCGGUAUGAACAUCGAGGAGGUUGCGGCGAAAGACCCCAGCGCGAUCAUCACGACCCCCAUUGACUUCGACAAGGGCCUCAGCAAGGAGCAGGCGCUGGGCAUUGCGAAGAAGCUGGGCUUCAAGGGUGAGGGUGCGCAGGGUGAAGCUGCGGAUAUCUUCAUCAACCUCUACAAGAUCUUCAAGGACAAGGACGCCACCCAGAUUGAGAUCAACCCCAUGGGCGAGACCGCUGACGGCCAUGUUCUUUGUAUGGACGCCAAGUUCGGCUUCGACGACAACGCGAGCUUCCGCCAAAGUGAUGUUUUCUCGCUUCGCGACAUCACCCAGGAGGAGCCUUCUGAGGUUGAGGCGCAGAAAUACGACCUCAACUUCAUCAAGCUCGACGGUAGCAUUGGGUGCCUUGUCAACGGUGCCGGUCUCGCUAUGGCCACCAUGGACGUCCUCGCCCUUCACGGCGGUAACCCCGCGAACUUCCUUGACGUUGGAGGAGGCGCCACCCCCGAGACUGUCAAGAAGGCGUUUGAGAUCCUGCUCGCCGACCCGAAGGUUAAGAGCAUCUUCAUCAACAUCUUCGGUGGUAUCAUGCGCUGCGACUACAUCGCGGAGGGCGUCAUCAAUGCCGCGAAGGAGCUCUCCCUGACCGUUCCUCUCAUCGUCCGUCUGAAGGGUACCAAGGAAGCCGAGGCGAAGGAGAUGAUACGUACCUCCGGCCUCAAGAUCAUUGCAUUCGACGACCUCGACGAGGCGGCACACAACGCCGUCAAGUAUGCUGUCUAA